AUGACCAUCUCUUGCUGCUCACCUUGCAAUCAGCUCAAUUGCUGCAGGACCACCUGCUAUCAGCCAAGCUGCUGUGAAACCACCUGCUGUAGGACCACCUGCUGUAAGCCAACCUAUGUGACCAGCUGCUGCCAGCCCCGCUGCUGUAAAACCACCUGCUGUAAGACCACCUGCUGUAAGCCAACCUGUGUGACCAGCUGCUGCAGCCCACCAUGCUGCCAGUCAAGCUGCUGUGAAACCACCUGCUGUAAGACCACCUGCUGUAAGCCAACCUGUGUGACCAGCUGCUGCAGCCUACCAUGCUGCCAGCCAAGCUGCUGUGAAACCACCUGUUGUAAGACCACCUGCUGUAAGCCAACCUGUGUGACCAGCUGCUGCCAGCCCUGCUGCUGUAAAACCAACUGCUGUAGGACCACCUGCUGUAAGCCAACCUGUGUGACCAGCUGCUGCAGCCCACCAUGCUGCCAGCCAAACUGCUGUGAAACCACCUGCUGUAGGACCACCUGCUGUAAGCCAACCUGUGUGACCAACUGCUGCCAGCCCUGCUGCUGUAAAACCACCUGCUGUAAGCCAACCUGUGUGACCAACUGCUGCCAGCCCAGCUGCUGUGAAACCACCUGCUGUAGGACCACCUGCUAUAAGCCAACCUGUGUGACCAGCUGCUGCCAGCCCUGCUGCUAUAAAACCACCUGCUGUAGGACCACUUGCUGUAAGCCAACCUGUGCGACCAGCUGCUGCAGCCCACCAUGCUGCCAGCCCAGCUGCUGUGAAACCACCUGCUGUAGGACCACCUGCUGUAAGCCAACCUGCGUGACCAGCUGCUGCCAGCCCAGUUGCUGUGAAACCAUCUGCUGCAAACCAGUCUGUGUGACCAGCUGCUGCAGCCCACUAUGCUGCCAGCCCAGCUGCUGUGAAACCAUUUGCUGCAAACCAGCCUGUGUGACCAGCUGCUGCAGCCCACCAUGCUGCCAGCCCAGCUGCUGUGAAACCACCUGCUGUAGGACCACCUGCUGUAAGCCAACCUGCGUGACCAGCUGCUGCCAGCCCAGUUGCUGUGAAACCAUCUGCUGCCAACCAGUCUGUGUGACCAGCUGCUGCAGCCCACUAUGCUGCCAGCCCAGCUGCUGUGAAACCAUCUGCUGCAAACCAGCCUGUGUGACUAGCUGUUGCAGCCCACCAUGCUGCCAGCCCAGCUGCUGUGAAACCACUUGCUGUAGGACCACCUGCUGUAAGCCAACCUGCGUGACCAGCUGCUGCCAGCCUAGUUGCUGUGAAACCAUCUGCUGCAAACCAGUCUGUGUGACCAGCUGCUGCAGUCCACUAUGCUGCCAGCCCAGCUGCUGUGAAACCAUCUGCUGCAAACCAGCCUGUGUGACCAGCUGUUGCAGCCCACCAUGCUGCCAGCCCAGCUGCUGUGAAACCACCUGCUGUAAGACCACCUGCUGUAAGCCAACCUGUGUGACCAGCUGCUGCCAGCCCAGCUGCUGUGAGACCACUUGCUGUAAGCCAACCUGUGUGACCAGCUGCUGCAGCCCACCAUGCUGCCAGCCAAGCUGCUGUGAAACCACCUGCUGUAGGACCACCUGCUGUAAGCCAACCUGCGUGACCAGCUGCUGCCAGCCCAGUUGCUGUGAAACCAUCUGCUGCAAACCAGUCUGUGUGACCAGCUGCUGCAGCCCACCAUGCUGCCAGCCCAGCUGCUGUGAAACCAUCUGCUGCAAACCAGCCUGUGUGACCAGCUGCUGCAUUCCACCAUGCUGCCAGCCCAGCUGCUGUGAAACCACCUGCUGUAGGACCACCUGCUGUAAGCCAACCUGCGUGACCAGCUGCUGCCAGCCCAGUUGCUGCGAAACCAUCUGCUGCAAACCAGUCUGUGUGACCAGCUGCUGCAGCCCACUAUGCUGCCAGCCCAGCUGCUGUGAAACCAUCUGCUGCAAACCAGUCUGUGUGACCAGCUGCUGCAGCCCACUAUGCUGCCAGCCCAGCUGCUGUGAAACCAUCUGCUGCAAACCAGCCUGUGUGACCAGCUGUUGCAUUCCACCAUGCUGCCAGCCCAGCUGCUGUGAAACCACCUGCUGUAGGACCACCUACUAUAAGCCAACUUGUGCAACAAGUUGCUGCCAGCCCAGUUGCUGUGAAACCAUCUGUUGGAAACCAGUCUGUGUGACCAGCUGCUGCAGCCCACCAUGCUACCAGCCAAGCUGCUGUGAAACCACCUGCUGUAAGACCACAUGCUGUAAGCCAACCUGUGUGACCAGCUGCUGCCAGCCCAGCUGCUGUGAGUGCAGCUGCUGCCAACCUAACUGCUGCCCAUCCUGCUGUGAAACCACCUGCUGCUAAACCACCUGCUGUAAACCAACUUACGUGACCAGCAGCUGCUGCCAGCCCUACUACUUAUCAACUUUCCAACUGAACAAUGUCACACAACCACACUUCUGUCACACCAGUCUUGCCAUGUGGGCAUAA